GUGCUUUGGUCCUUUGGCCCACCGGCGGCCGGCAAGAGCACGCUCGCCCACCGGCGGGCGGAGGAGCUCUUCGGGAGCGAGGGCUCUGUCUGCGUCGAUGGCGACGAGAUCCGGGAUCGGCACCCCGCCUUCCGGGACGUGACUCAGCACGGCUUGGAGAGCCAUGUGCUUCACAAAGAUGCCUGGGAGGUCUUGAAAGCAACAGGCGUCGUUGAAGGCGCCGAGUUGGCUUCGACCGAAGACGUUGAAAGCUUCUUAGCCGGACGAAGAAUCCACAGCUCGAAGCCCUGCGUCUGUCUGGUGGGGGACGCCAAUUUGCGUCACAUGUUUGCGAGAAAAUCAAGAAACCAAGUGAAGUGCCUUAAACAGGACACAUAUUGGAAACAUUUGCUGUAUUAUAUAAUUAGAGAUCCCCUCCAACCUGCAGUUGGCCAUGCCUGA